GUCACCACCAACCCGCUCCGGCCGGAAACUGGCGCUAGUUUCCGGCCGGACGGCCGAAAGCCACCGAUCCCGAACCAGCCGCCGGAGUCGGAGUGGAGACGGGGUGUGGAGCAGGCAAAAAGCCACUGGGGGAGGCCAGUCCCGAUCAGUGCCUUCUGGCUCCAGCUUCUGAUCCCGUGCGGAGCAGCAGCCGCGGUCGCAGCCUCCGCCACCGCCUCCGCCUCCAUCGUCGUCGGGGGAGGGGCCAGCCGGACCCCGGGGUCACAGCAGAGGAAUGAGGAGAGGCGGCCGGGCCCCGCGCUCCGCCCCGGCCUAGGGCCUUGCCCCGGGAGCCGCGAGGGUAGAGGCCUGAAUUUUGAUCUAUGUCCACCCUACCUCAGCUGCCUGAAAGUACUUAAUGAUCACAUGACCCUGGACAUGGAUGCUGUCCUGUCAGAUUUUGUCCGUUCCACAGGUGCAGAGCCUGGGCUGGCCCGAGAUCUCCUGGAAGGAAAGAAUUGGGACGUGAGUGCUGCCCUCAGUGAUUUUGAACAGCUACGUCAAGUCCAUGCUGGGAACCUGCCCCCACCCUUUAGUGAAGGGAGUGGUGGCUCCAGGACCCCUGAAAAAGGGUUUUCAGAUCGAGAGUCUGCCCGUCCUCCCCGACCCACGCUGCAGCGGCAGGAUGAUGUCAUUCAAGAAAAACGCCUGUCUAGGGGCAUCUCCCACGCCAGCUCCAGCAUUGUUUCCCUGGCCCGGUCCCAUGUCUCCUCCAAUGGUGGGGGUGGGGGGAGCAGUGAGCACCCCCUGGAAAUGCCCAUCUGUGCCUUCCAGCUUCCAGAUCUCACUGUGUACAAUGAAGACUUCCGCAGCUUCAUAGAGAGAGACCUUAUUGAACAGUCCAUGCUGGUUGCCUUGGAACAGGCAGGGCGUUUGAACUGGUGGGUGAGUGUGGACCCUACCUGCCAGAGGCUGCUUCCUUUGGCAACUACUGGGGAUGGAAACUGCCUCCUGCAUGCAGCCUCUCUAGGCAUGUGGGGUUUCCAUGAUCGGGACUUGAUGCUACGGAAAGCUUUGUAUGCGCUGAUGGAGAAAGGAGCCGAGAAGGAAGCAUUAAAACGGCGCUGGAGGUGGCAACAAACACAGCAGAAUAAAGAGUCAGGGCUGGUUUACACAGAAGAUGAAUGGCAGAAGGAAUGGAAUGAGCUGAUCAAGCUUGCCUCGAGUGAACCCCGCAUGCAUCUAGGUACCAAUGGAGCCAACUGUGGUGGGGUGGAGAGUCCAGAGGAGCCUGUCUAUGAGAGCCUAGAAGAAUUCCAUGUGUUUGUCCUCGCCCAUGUGCUCAGGAGGCCCAUAGUCGUUGUGGCUGACACCAUGCUGAGGGACUCUGGUGGGGAAGCAUUUGCCCCUAUUCCCUUUGGGGGAAUCUAUCUGCCCUUGGAGGUCCCAGCCAGCCAGUGUCACCGCUCCCCUCUGGUGCUCGCCUAUGAUCAGGCCCACUUUUCUGCACUUGUGUCCAUGGAGCAGAAGGAGAAUGCCAAGGAACAAGCUGUGAUCCCACUUACAGAUUCAGAGCAUAAGCUGCUGCCCUUGCAUUUUGCUGUGGACCCUGGAAAGGGCUGGGAAUGGGGCAAAGAUGACAAUGACAACGUCCGAUUGGCCAGUGUAAUCCUGUCCCUAGAGGUCAAAUUGCAUCUGCUGCAUGGCUACAUGAAUGUGAAGUGGAUCCCAGUGUCCACUGAUGCACAGGCUCCCCUGGCACAACCUGAGUCCCCCACAGCCUCAGCUGGAGAUGAGCCCCGGUCCACUCCCGAGUCCGGGGAAUCAGACAAGGAGUCUGUUGGCAGCAGUUCCACGAGCAAUGAGGGCAGCAAGCGGAAAGAGAAGUCAAAGAGAGGUCGGGAGAAAGACAAGAAGAGAGCAGAUUCUGUGGCUAACAAACUGGGCAGCUUUGGCAAAACCUUGGGCAGCAAACUCAAGAAGAACAUGGGAGGCCUGAUGCAUAGCAAGGGCUCCAAGCCUGGAGCGGCAGGCGCGGGCUCAGGGUUAAGCAGUGGCACCGAGACCCUGGACAAGAAGAAAAAGAACUCGCUGAAGAGCUGGAAGGGUAGCAAGGAGGAGGCGGCUGGAGAUGGGCCUGUCUCCGAGAAGCCUGCAGCUGAGUCUGUUGGUAAUGGAGGGAGCAAGUAUAGCCAGGAAGUGAUGCAGAGCUUGAGCAUUAUGAGGAUUGCAAUGCAAGGGGAGGGGAAAUUUAUUUUUGUUGGAACCCUGAAGAUGGGUCACCGUCAUCAGUAUCAGGAGGAGAUGAUCCAGCGCUACCUUUCUGAUGCCGAGGAGAGAUUCCUGGCAGAGCAGAAGCAGAAGGAGGCAGAGAGGAAGAUCCUGAAUGGAGGGGUGGGGAGUGGGCCUCCUCCAGCCAAAAAGCCAGAGCCAGAUGGCGGGGAGGAGUUGCCGACUGCCCCUCUAGUGGAGUCCAAGGCUGUGGCAUUCUCUGCUGGCUACCCUGGGGGCUUUACUAUCCCUCGGCCUGCUGGGGCUGGAGUCCAUUGCCAGGAACCCCGGAGGCAGGUCGCAGGGGGUCCUUGUGGGGGGGGCCUGCCGCCAUAUGCCACUUUCCCCAGACAGUGCCCUCCAGGGCGACCCUACCCCCAUCAGGACUGCGUCCCUUCUCUGGAGCCAGGCAGUCACUCCAAGGAUGGUGUUCACAGGGGUGCAUUGUUACCACCCCCCUUCCGAGUGGCUGAUUCCUAUAGCAAUGGCUACAGAGAGCCCCCUGAGCCAGAUGGAUGGGCUGGAGGUCCGUGGGGGCUUCCUCCAACCCAGACCAAGUGCAAACAACCGAACUGCAGCUUCUAUGGACACCCUGAGACAAACAACUUCUGCUCCUGCUGUUACAGGGAAGAACUGAGGAGGAGGGAGCGUGAACCGGGUGGGGAGCUGCUGGUGCACAGGUUCUAGUGGGAGAACCUUGGAGGGCACGGGGGCUAAACAAAGAGAGUUAAGCUCAACUAAUUGGCUCAUCAAGACCCAGCCCCCAUGCACAUGGGGCAAAUGCAGUAAUGUUGGCAGGAGCCUGGCUAGAAACUUUUAAGUGUGUGUGCGCGCUAGCGAGCUGCCAGGCUGGCAAGAGCAGGUCCGGCCGAUGGUGCCUGGAGGGCUGCACUAGUCCUUUGUCCAUCUUGAUGGGACCCAGGAGGUCCAAGGGGGAAAGAUGGUGAUUCUGUCUCAUCACUGCUUGGGUACACCCAAGGACCUAAGGGAAAUGAGGGGAAGGUUUAGUGUGUGGGGGAGGGGAGGUGGGCAGAAGUGGGGGGUAGGAGCAGGCAAAGGAGGUUCUCAGUCAAUAAAAAAAAAAAAAUAGACCAAAGUUCCUGUAGGUUGGAAACAAAGCACAUGAUGGUGGAGUUGGGAAUGUGGAGGGAAACUGGGGAAUUAGAUUUGCUAUUGAUAUGAAUUAAGGUAGAAAUUAGGGUUGGAUAAAUUCUUCCUCCUCAAGAUCUGGAAAGACAAGGCAGUAAUGUGUUCUCAUGGGUGCUUGUUAGCUUAAAUCAGUUUGAGAUGGGAAAGGGAAGAACUUCAUAGGGGAAUCCUUUUCCUCUCAAGUUUGAUUUCUUUCUCAACAGCCAUCUGUCAUCUGUUCUAGUUCGAGAGGAAAUUGCUGAUUGCCCCCUAUCUUUUCCUCAUCCUUUUUGAGGGCUGAGCUCAGCUAAGGUUGUGAUUUUUUUUUUAACAACUUUAAUUUUAUUAAAAAAAAAAUUCCCUCAGGGGAAGGGAAGAGUAAUGAGAAGAAUAGCUAUGUGGCUGGAUCUUCUCCAGGUGAGUGGGUGGGUGCACAGGUGAUCUUUUGUAACUACUUAGCAAUAACCACACAUUGGGGUGUGAGUACACCCUGGGAGGGUGGGAGCAGGACAGACCUUUGGCCAGACUGUUGCAAACAAAACCAAAAACCUAAAUAGAGCACUACCAUCCUCUGCUGCUGUGUUUCUAUAGAAAAUAACUUAGUUUGACUAUUUUUUCUUUAAGGAAAAGAAACAAAAAGACCCCAGUGAGAAAAACAUAUUAAAAAAUGAUUUUUUUUUUUCCUAUUUAAGUGAUUCUUUCUCUCCUUCCUCUCUACUUUUGGAGAACAAACUUAACAUCCCGGCUUCUUUUGUUAAGCCAUAGCUGACCUUAAUCUGUGGUUAGUUUAUUAAAAUAACAAAAAAAUACUUUGUAAGUAGACAUAUUUUUGAUAAUAGGAUCAAUGUUGAAACAUGAGGGUAGGGGUUAGGGGCAAUUUAUAAAAAGGUAGUUAGAGAAAUAUAUUUUAGUGAACUGCAACCACAGAUCACAGAUUACUCCCAAUGAGCUGAUCUGUCUUUGGGCUUCCCCCUUUCCCUAACAACCUUUUUUCCCAGAGGGUGGUAAUGGGCCUACUAACACAGAAGGGGGAGCUCCUUUGCGUUUUGCACAAAGCACAAGUCUGGACAGCCUUUACUCUGACCAGCACCAUUUCUAAGAGCUUUAAACUGGAGGACUUAUCCUGGGCCAGUUUCCCUUUUGCUUUCUUUCUUUCUUUUUUUUUUUCUGGGGAAAAAAAAAAUCAACUAUGCAAUUAUAUACACUCCUGGGUACAUAUGAAGAAGGGGAAUAAGUGUACUUAAGUGUCCAGAGUGUUAAUUGGGGCUGUUUUUCUGUGUGGAUUUCUCUUUUGAGGUAUGUACUCCUAACCUAUCUCAUGGAAUGUAAUCCCCACAUUUGCUCUAAACCGAACGUGGGUUGUGUGUGUGUGUGUGUGUGUGUGUGUGUGUUGGGGACCUGUAAUUGCUGUGUGUGUGUGUGUGUGUGUGUGUGUGUGUGUGUGUGUGUGUGUUGGGGACCUGUAAUUGCCAUAUGUUGCUUCUGCCCAGUCAGGAAAUUCAUCAUCCCACGUUCCCCCUGGUAACAAAUCCUGUCAAGACCAUCCUCUUCAUUGGAACUGCUUACAGUUUAGAAAGGUUCCUCUCUCUUCAGCAGACUUGAAAGUCACUCAUUUUUCAAAUCUGAUAGUCUACUGAUUUAAUCAUUUCCUAUGGCUAUUAAUUCUUAGGCUUUUAUCUGAAAAUAGAGUGGUUUUAAGGAAGCACUGAGGUCAAAGGAGACAGAUUCCAAAGGAGGGGAUGUACAUAUUUCUGGGCAGGCCUGGGACUAGUACAAGGUGCACUCCCCUUUUGUACAGAACUUUAAGGGGUACCGAAAAACUCAGUAGUUAAGAUAAAUACCAUUUUAAUGCAAUAUUUAAAAUACAAUGCAAAAAAAAUCCAUGAUGAAUAGAAUAUCAAAAUCUUAAAGAUAGGAUCCAACAGGACUGAGACUAAGGGCAAGGGAAAUAAGGCUGAUUGAGCAAGCACGGGGCUGAAUCCUAUCUUUACAAUUUUGAUACUUAGUUCAUUGUAGAUUCUUUACAUUGGUUUUGAUUUUCAAAAAAUUCUGCAUUAAAAUAGUAUGUUGGUUAUUGAGUUUGGGAGCACCCCUUAAAUUUUGUGCCCGAAGUGAGUGCCUUGCUCACCUCACGCUGUCUCUGGGGAUAGAACAACACCGGGUGAAACCAUCACCUCUUGAGCCUCUGUCCCCAAAGUGCACCCAAACUGCAGGUGGCUCCAGCUCACACCUGGGACAGCUCACCUAGCUUUCCCAUAGGUGCUGAUCUCCAGCAUAGGAUUCUGGCCUGGACCAAUAGGAAUGAAAACAGACCAGGGGUUUUCCCAGAGAAUAAAACCAGGAAAGUUUUAAUUCUCCGCUGGACUGCUGUAUUUGGAUUUGAUUUGUUAUUAGAUUCUAGUUAAUGCUUUUGUUUUUAAAAACAGGACAAAUGAACAAAAACAAACCUUGUGUCAUGUUUGUUUUUAUUUUGACUUAUAAACUAACCAGUCUCAAUUUAUUUGACCUCUUUUCAAAUAAAAAAGGUAGAAAUUUGGGGGGGGUUGUCUAGGGGUGAGUAUGAUAAAAUAGGACUUUAUUUAGGCCCUAUAGCUUUUUAUUCAGAAACAAAAUUAUUUUUGUUUAAUUUGGGAAGGUAACUAUUUAUUGAGGCAUUCAAAAAAAAAAUCCUCCAUUCUAAGGAUAAGGGGCCCCAAGUCAAUGAAUGUUUUUCUGUAGGGAUGAGUAAAGACUGUUUUGCUUUAUUCUUUGAGGGGGUUGUGUGGGCUGGAGGGUGAAGGAAUAAUGCCUGGGAAAUGAAAACAGACUGGUUGGUUUGUGGUAUUUUAGGAAGAUAAGGGGGUGGAAAAGGCAAGCCCAUGCAAUUACUGUGCUGGGGAGGUGGGUGUGGAGGGGUAUAUGAUGUGCACCCAAAAUUCUGUGGUUAAGGAGGGGUAUGUGGUUGGAGGGGAGGCGGAUCCUGUAAUCCUGGCCGAGGGAAGGUAUCUCUCAGGCUUAUACAAGUGCACUUAGUUCCUUUAAUCCAGGGCAUUGGGGUACCUACAGGGGAUUUUAUUGAAGAGGGGAAAUAGUUGGGGUUCUUAUUUUCCCCUUUUAAGACAGUGCUACCCCUCCAUCCUAAUAUUCUUCACACCAGCCCUGAUGAAGCAAGUAUACUAUAGAAUAGAUCUCCAAAUUCCUGCCUUGAUCUCUACUCAUUUUAUUAGGAGUUACAAGAUUUAAUCAAAAGUUUUUCCCUCAUACUGGAUUCUAUCAACAAAAUAAAAGGAUUGUAUCAAAA